AUUCAUUGACCAUUGACAUUUUACUAGACCUAACCUAGUAAAAAAGUAUUUUGUAAUAUUUUAAAUUCCUCAAUUUUAUAUUAUAUUAUACUUUUACUUUCCAUUUCAUUGAUUUUAUACAGUAAUUGAUUUCUACAAAAAAUUGUAUUAUUACCAAAUGAAACAUAAAAAUAACGAUUACUUAGCCUUGUGUUUGGAGUUUCAUGGAGCAUAUUUAUUGAAUUUCGUUUUUAUAGUGUAAUAUUUGUCAUUUCAACCUUUAUAUUUUAACAAAAUUAGUAGUGUGUUUUAAAGUUUUAAAUAAUAAAGAUGGCUCAAUCUGUUCCACUUAUUUUGAAGGUAUUGGCAUCAUCCAUAAAGACAGCUGCGAGGGCUGGAAAAAUCGUUAAAGAUGUAAUGGAUAAAGGCGAAUUGGGAAUUGUACACAAGAAUACUACACUUCCAACUUUUAUGAACUACUUCUUUAGAUUGAUAGGUGCAAGUAAAAAUGAUGUUCAAACUGAAGCUGACAGAUCUGCCCAGCGUUGUAUAAUAACUUCGUUAUCUAGACAAUUUCCUAAUAUUACUAUUAUUGGUGAAGAAGGUACAUUAGAUGAAGCAGAAAUUCCAAGUGAUUGGAUUGUUACUGACUUUGAUGAAUGUGUUUUAAAAUCCACUUGUCCUCCAAAAUUUAUUGAUACUAAGCCUGAAGACAUUGUUGUAUGGGUUGAUCCACUAGAUGGUACAUCAGAAUACACAGAGGGACUGUUGGACCAUGUGACUGUUUUAAUAGGAAUAGCUGUUGGUGGCAAAUCAGUAGGGGGAGUGAUACAUCAACCCUACUAUGAUUAUCAUACAAAUAGGAAUGGACCUGGCAAAACUUAUUGGGGUUUAGUUGGGCUUGGUGUUGGAGGAUUUACACCAGGAAAAGCACCUUCUGAUAAGUUUAUUAUUACAACAUCCAGAUCACAUAGAGAUGAAAUGGUUAAUAGAGCCUUAAAUGCUCUAAAUCCGGAUGAAAUAAUUAGCGUUGGUGGUGCUGGGCACAAGGUAGUGGUUCUAUUGGAAGGUAGAGCUCAUGCCUAUGUGUAUGCCAGUCGUGGUUGUAAAAAAUGGGAUACAUGUGCCCCUGAAGGUGUAUUAGAAGCUGCAGGUGGACUAUUGACAGAUAUUCAUGGCAAACAUUAUGACUAUUCCAAAAAUGCAUCAUUUCCAGAUGCACAAGGAAUUUUUGCUACAGUUCAGGGCGUAAAUCAUAAAGAUUUGAUAUCAAAACUACCGGAAGAAGUACAUAAGGCAUUCCCUUACUAGAAGAAAAUAAAAUUACAUUUAUUGUACAGUGUGGACUGUAUUUAAAAACAUUUUAUUUGUAAAUUGACAUUUAUUUUUAAGAUUAUAAAUAAAAAAGUAACAAUUGAUUA